AAACUUUGUUGCUUCACUGAUGAUUACUCAAUGUGAUUAGUAAAAUAUCUUUUUUUAAAAAUUGGGUCUAUUUUUCUUUCUUUUUUCAUUAUCGUCGCUAUUGUGAUUCAAGGGACCUCGCAACUUUCCAGUUUCCAGAAUUCAACGAUGGACGUUGGCAUUGUUAAAAUCGCAGAAGAUAAGGAUUUCGAAAAACUCAAACAGCUCUAUGAUAACAACAAUGAUUGGCGAUUGGAUUACAAUAAACCAGAUUUAUGUGUUUGGACAAAAUCCGUGCCAGGAAUUCAUUUUCGGAUGGUUAAGAUUAGAACGAGAUUUUCCGACGUUAUGCCACAAACUUUAUUCGACGUUCUCCACGAUCCGGAAUAUCGAAAAGUCUGGGACAAUCACGUUAUUGAAUCAAAAGAAAUAGGCUUCUUUAAUCCCAAUAAUGAUCUCGGUUAUUAUUCAAUGGCUUGCCCAUCGCCCUUGAAAAAUAGGGAUUUUGUACUUCAAAGGUCAUGGUUAGACACUGGUGAAGAACAAUUAAUCAUAAAUCACUCCGUAUAUCAUAAAGAUUAUCCUCCCAGGAAGCAUUUUGUGAGAGCGACGUCAUAUUUAACAGGGUAUAUUGUGAGACUUUCGCAAAACGGUGGUUCAGAAUUGGGUUACGUCUCUCACACAGAUCCACAUGGAAAAUUACCUGUGUGGCUCGUCAAUAAAAUCACGCAAAUUUUCACACCAAAGAUGGUAAAGAAAUUACACAAGGCAUCGCAAAAUUAUCCCUCCUGGAAAUUAAUAAACUGUCCAAAUCUCAAACCUUGGCAUUUUCCGGAACAAAUUUCAGCGCCAAGAAUUAAAAUUGACGAUUGUGUAAAAUCAGCGGAGGAAAAGAAUUUAAAAAAUAAUUUCAUGGAUGAAUCGCAAUUAAAAGAUAAGGGCGAUGCAAUAAUGGAUGACUGUAUGUAGAA